AUGAACCCAACAGACAGAGAUACCCUGCCGGAUGCGGCGAAGCCAACCCACUAUGACCUGUCCCUCUUCAACCUCAAACUGGGCUCUUCCUGGGCCUACAAUGGCAAGGUCAAGAUAGACAUGAAGAUCUCCCGUCCCACCAGCGAAAUCGUCCUCAAUGCCAAAGAACUCACCGUCGAUAGUGCGGAGGUCUCUUUCGCAGACGGAAAGCCGCCCAUCAAAUCAACCAACAUCUCCUACGACAAGACCUCCGAACGAGCCAUCCUCAAAUUCCCCUCCAACAUCCAGCCCGGUCCCUGCGUUCUCAUUGUCGACUUCACGGGAACCAUGAACAACCAUAUGGCUGGCUUCUAUAGAUCCAAAUACAAGCCCAUCGGAACUCCCAGUGUCGGUACCCCCAAGGACGACCAGAACUACUACAUGCUGAGCACCCAAUUCGAAGCUUGUGACGCCAGACAGGCUUUCCCGUGCUUCGACGAGCCGAAUCUGAAAGCGACGUUUGAUUUUGAAAUCGAGACCCCGAAGGAUUUGGUUGCGCUGAGUAACAUGCCCGUCAAAGAGAUGCGCCAGGGGUCGUUGGAGGACUUGCAGUUUGUUAAGUUUCAGCGUACACCGGUUAUGAGUACCUACCUACUUGCAUGGGCAGUCGGUGACUUCGAAUAUGUCGAGGCUCUGACAAAGCGCAAAUACAACGGCGCCAGCAUCCCCGUCCGUGUUUAUACCACCCGAGGCCUCAAGGAACAAGCUCGAUUUGCACUGGACUACGCCCAUCGGACCAUCGAUUACUUUUCGGAAAUCUUCCAGAUUGACUACCCGCUGCCCAAGUCGGAUUUGCUUGCUGUUCAUGAAUUUGCGAUGGGAGCAAUGGAGAAUUGGGGUCUGGUGACAUACAGAACCACCGCUGUGCUAUUCGAAGAGGGCAAAUCGGAUGCUAAGUAUAAGAAUCGCGUAGCUUAUGUUAUCGCUCAUGAACUUGCUCAUCAAUGGUUUGGAAACCUGGUUACGAUGGAUUGGUGGAACGAGCUUUGGCUUAACGAGGGCUUCGCUACAUGGGUUGGCUGGUUAGCUAUCGAUCAUUUCCAUCCUGAAAGAGAAAUUUGGUCCCAGUUUGUGGCUGAGGGACUCCAAUCAGCGUUCCAACUCGAUUCGCUCCGUGCAUCUCACCCCAUUGAAGUUCCUGUUAAGAACGCGCUUGAGGUUGAUCAGAUCUUCGAUCACAUCAGUUACCUCAAGGGUAGCUCCGUUAUUCGCAUGUUGAGCAGCCAACUUGGUCAAGAGACGUUCCUGCGUGGAGUUUCUGAUUAUUUGAAGGCUCAUUCUUAUGGAAACGCAACAACCAAUGAUCUCUGGUCGGCGCUGAGCAAGGCGUCCAACCAGGAUGUGGCUGCAUUCAUGGACCCCUGGAUCCGCAAAAUCGGCUUCCCCCUGGUCACCGUCAAGGAAUUACCAGACCAACUCUCCAUCUCGCAAAAGCGCUUCCUGACAUCCGGUGACGCGAAGCCUGAAGAAGACGAAACUGUCUGGUGGAUUCCGCUGGGUGUCAAGACUGAUGCUACCACCUCCACUGCAGUCCAAGAGCACAAGGGCCUCACGACCCGAUCCCGUUCCAUCAAAGGGAUUGGUAGUGAUCAGAGCUUUUAUAAACUCAACAAAGACCAAUGUGGCUUCUACCGCACGAACUACCCGGCCGAGAGACUUGCCAAACUGGGUAAGUCGCAGGAUCAGCUCAGUACGGAAGAUAAAAUUGGGCUUAUUGGGGAUGCGGCUGCGUUGGCGGUGGCCGGGGAGGGGACGACGGCGGCGCUAUUGGCGUUUAUUGAAGGGUUUAGGGGGGAGGAAAACUAUCUUGUAUGGUCCCAAAUCGCCUCGACCCUCAGUAACUUGCGCUCUAUAUUCGCGACGAACGAAGAGGCGGCUGCGGGGUUGAAGAACUUCGUGAGGAAAUUGGUUACGCCUGCCGUCGAGAAGAUUGGAUGGGUGUUCAAGGAUGGGGAGGAUUAUUUGACGGGGCAACUUCGCGUUUUGCUCAUUUCUAUGGCUGGGAAUUCGGGGCAUGAAGCCACCCUAUCCGAAGCGCGCCGCCGCUUCAACACCUGGUCCACCAACUCCGACCAAAAUACAAUCCACCCUUCCCUCCGCUCUGCCGUCUACGGCUUGGCCAUUGCCGAAGGUGGCAAACCCGAAUACGACACCGUAAUGACCGAAUACCUCCGCACAGACUCUAUAGAUGGCAAGGAGAUCUGUCUCUUGUCGCUAGGCCGCACGCGGAUCCCAGAGCUUAUCGACUCGUACGCGCAGUUCCUGGUCUUCAGCGGCAAAGUGGCUGUUCAGGAUAUGCAUACCGGGGCGUUGGCGAUGGCGGCAAAUCCAAAGGCAAGGAUUCGGUUCUGGGAGUUUGUUAAGGGUAAUUGGGACGGUGUGGAGAAAAGGUUGGGGAGUAAUAAGGUUGUUUUUGAGAGGUUUUUGAGGAUGGGGUUGGGGAAGUUUGCUGAAGGGAGGGUUGCGGGGGAGAUUAGGGGGUUCUUUUUUGAGGGAGGAAUGGAUUUGGGGGGAAUUGAAAGAGGUUUAGGGGUUGUGCUUGAUACUAUUGGGACCAAUGCGGGGUAUAGAGAGCGGGAGGAGGCAGCGGUUGUUGGGUGGUUGAGGGAGGGGGGUUAUUUGUAA